GUGGGGGGCCUGGCCCGUCCGGGAGGCGGGAGCAGGACUAUAGCGAGGUCCCUGGGCCAGAGACCGGUACGAGGCGGCGGGUCCCGGGGGAUGGCGGCCCCUGGCCCCCCGCAGCUGCCGGGGCUGCGGCUGGGCCCGCGGCUCCGAACCGGGCUGGAGGUUGCGCUGCGGGUGCCCAGCCUCUUCCUCAUCGACGCCAUCUUCAACUCGUACCCCCUGCCGGGGGGCUCGCUGUGCGCCGGGCUCCUGGGCGUGCUGCUGCGGCUGCUGGGGGUCUUUGUAUCCAGUGUUGUUCUGGUCUUGCAACAGCGAGCACUUUAGUUUUAUAUGAUCAGCUCGGCAUUUCUGCUAGCUGCAACCUCAGUGUUGGAUUAUUAUGCUUCUUUGCACAUAAACUUCUACAGUGCCUACUACACAGCAGCUUUUGGAAUGCAGUUCCUCCCUCAUAAAGGACCCUCGCUAUGGAUGGCACUCGUCCUUCAACUUACCUUUGGGAUUGGAUAUGUUACAUUGUUAAACGUGCAGUCCAUAUACUCCCAACUAAUCAUACUGGAUAUACUGAUUCCUAUAAUAGGCUUGAUCAUUGAAUUACCUUUAAAUGUCAGACAGAUUUUAGUUUUUAUUUCAGGCCUAAUUCUGACAUUAUAUACCACAAUCAAUUUAGUUAUGAAAAUUAAAUGGUUCUAUUAUUCCACACGAUACGUUUAUCUCCUUUUAAGGCAUAUGUAUCGCAUUUAUGGAUUACAGCUAUUGAUGGAAGAUACGUGGAAAAGGAUUCGUUUUCCAGCUGUACUGCGUGUGUUCUGGCUAACAAGACUUACAGCACAAGCAGUUGUGUUAACUUAUGUUGUCAAGAUGGCAGAAACUAACACAGAAGAGAAGUUCUACUUGAUUUCCUGGGAAAAUUGUUGGGAACUGGUUUGCAGUCUUAUAAUAAGUGGGUGUGAUUCUACUUUAACUGUCUUAGGCAUGAGUGCUGUAAUUUCUUCAAUUGCCCAUUAUUUGGGACUGGGUAUUUUGGCUUUUAUUGGAUCAACUGAUGAAGAUGACAAGAGGCUUGGUUUUGUAGCACCUGUUUUUUUUAUUUUGGCUCUGCAGACUGGCUUAAGUGGUCUAAAGCCAGAAGAGAGACUAGUUCGCCUAAGUCGAAACAUGUGCCUUUUGUUAACUGCAGUCCUGCAUUUUAUCCAUGGAAUGACAGACCCUGUACUAAUGUCUCUCAGUGCCUCCCAUGUAUCGUCAUUUCGCAGACACUUCCCUGUACUACUUGUUUCAGCUUGCCUUUUUAUUCUUCCAGUUCUGCUCAGUUAUAUCCUUUGGCACCACUAUGCAUUAAAUACAUGGCUUUUUGCAGUUACAGCAUUCUGUGUGGAACUUUGCCUAAAAGUAAUUGUUUCUAUCACUGUUUAUGUACUAUUCAUGAUUGAUGGCUACUAUAAUGUCCUAUGGGAAAAGCUUGAUGAUUAUGUCUACUAUGUUCGUUCAACAGGCAAUAUUAUUGAGUUUAUAUUUGGUGUAAUCAUGUUUGGAAAUGGAGCUUAUACUAUGGUAUUUGAAUCAGGAAGUAAGAUUCGGGCUUGCAUGAUGUGUCUACAUGCUUAUUUCAACAUCUACUUGCAAGCAAAGAAUGGCUGGAAAACGUUUAUAAAUCGCAGGACAGCUGUUAAGAAAAUAAACUCACUUCCUGAAGUAAAAGGAAGUCGGUUACAUGAAAUAGAUGAUGUAUGUGCAAUCUGCUACCAUGAGUUUACUGCAUCUGCUCGUAUUACUCCAUGCAAUCAUUACUUUCAUGCACUUUGCCUUCGGAAAUGGCUCUAUAUUCAAGACACUUGUCCAAUGUGCCAUCAAAAAGUAUAUAUCGAAGAAAAGGAAAAUGCCAAUAUCUCUAACAAUGGGUUUGUUGCACCUAAUGAAAAUCCUGUAGAAGUUGCAGAAGAAGCUGCACGUGAAAUAAAUGAAGAUAAUGACAGUACCGACAGUAGUGAUGAUGAUGAUGAUGACUGUGUGGCAGAACACCACAAUGAGACUCUUAAUAUUGAUUCUGACUCCCUGGGUGACUAAAAUUGCUGAGAGGUAUUUGUUUAAAAUAGAGUUCAGCAACAGAAUAAAAGUUUCACUUCAUCACUGUAUACUUAAGCACAACAAUGGUAUCUAAGUGUUGUCUGUGAAUGGUUGUCAUUUACUCUGGUGUGCUACUGUAAAUAUACCACUAAUUAUUUCUGGUCUCUUUCAUGACUACCUUAAACUUGUGUACAUUAUUGUACAUGGAAUAAAAUGUUUUCACAUGUUUUUAAGACAAA